CAUAGCAGAAAAUAGACUUCCUUCUGGCUAAUGGAGUCCUCUCUCAGAUCCAGAAAUUUGAAGAUGAUUAGGCCAAAACUAUUUGGUGCACUAGUGGUGGUUUUGGCUGUAAGUGGUUUUCCGGCGACGGAAUCCCGCCAGCCGAGCGCGGCGGCGGGGAUAGAAUAUUCAGCGUUGAACUGCCGGAAACAUACGGCCGUGAUUACGGACUUUGGGGCGGUCGGAGAUGGGAAAACUUCGAACACAAAGGCGUUCAGAGAGGCUAUAACCAAACUCGGCCAGUCUGCGGCCGACGGCGGAGCCCAACUCGUCAUCCCGCCGGGAAAAUGGCUCACCGGAAGUUUCAAUCUCACGAGUCAUUUCACUUUGUUCAUCCAAAAAGGUGCUACGAUUCUCGCUUCUCAGGAUGAAUCCGAGUGGCCAGUGGUUGCACCUUUGCCGUCGUACGGAAGAGGAAGAGACGCACCCGGACCAAGAUUCAGCAGUUUAAUCUACGGCACAAAUCUAACCGACGUGGUUAUCACCGGUAACAACGGAACGAUCGAUGGGCAGGGCAAGUCGUGGUGGGUCAAGUUUCGUAACGGAGAAUACAAAUCGAUCACUAGACCGUACUUGAUCGAGAUCUUAUUCUCCGACAACGUUCAGAUUUCGGACAUUACGUUGAUCGAUUCUCCGUCAUGGAACGUUCAUCCCGUGUACUGCAACAACGUUAUCGUCAAAGGCCUCACCAUUCUCGCUCCGAUCGAUUCUCCUAACACCGACGGAAUUGACCCCGAUUCUUGCAAAAACACUCUGAUCGAAGAUUGCUAUGUUGUAUCGGGCGACGACUGCAUCGCCGUGAAGAGCGGCUGGGACCAAUACGGCAUCCAAGUCGGUAUCCCGACACAGCAACUCUCGAUCCGAAGGCUCACGUGCAUCUCACCCGACAGCGCGGGGGUCGCACUAGGGAGCGAGAUGUCCGGAGGAAUCAAAGACGUCCGGAUCGAGGACUCGACGAUGAUCAAUACGCAAUCCGCCAUCCGGAUCAAGACCGCGGUCGGACGCGGAGGCUAUGUGAAGGACAUAUUCGCGCGCAAGAUCACCAUGAAGACGAUGAAAUACGUCUUCUGGAUGAGCGGCGCGUAUAAUCAGCACCCGGACGACAAAUUCGACCCCAAAGCAUUGCCCGUCGUGACGAACAUCAAUUACCGGGACAUGACGGCCGAGAACGUAACGAUGGCGGCGAGGCUCGACGGGAUCGAGAAGGAUCCGUUCACGGGGAUAUGUAUAUCGAACGUGAAGAUGACGUUGGCGCCUAAAGCCAAGGACCUGCAGUGGAACUGUACGGACGUGGCCGGAGUCAGCAACAGGGUCGAGCCGCCGGUGUGCAGUUUGCUGCCGGAAAAAGGGUCUCCGAUGGACUGUGAUUUCCCGGCGGACAAGAUUCCGAUCGAGAGUGUUGAGUUGAAGAAGUGUUAUGUUUAGAACCCUGACUUGUGUUUCCUGUUGUUGUCCUCUUCGAAGAGGUUAUUUAUUUUAAUCUGAAAUGAAAUUAUAAGAAUUCGAAUAUUUGUCAA